AUGGGGGGGCGAUCUGCAGCAGCAGCAGCUGCUGCUGCUGCUGCUGCUCAGCUGCCUGCCGACGCUGCAGCAGGAGCUCUGACUGCUGCGUGGCCUCCUGUGUCAGCGGCAGCAGCAGCAGGGUCUGCGGCAGCUGGGCGCGGCUGCUGCUGCCUGCGGUACGGAUUUGCUGCUGCUGCCAACAUGCAGCCUCAAGCGUUUCAUGCUGCUGCUGCUGCUGCUGCUGUUGCUGCUGCUGCUGCUCUUCGUGAACGCCCUAUUUUGCACAGAAGCAAGCAAGGGAGAGCCACAAGCGGGCUUCUGCUGCAGCAGCAGCAGCACCGCCAAUAUCUGCAGCUGAUACAGCAGCAACAGCAGCGUCAUUUAAACUUUGGCCUCUUGAGAAUAUCAAGCAGCAGCAGCAACAACUCUAGCAGCAGCAGCAGCAUCAGCAGAGCCAACCUCUGCAGCAGCAGCAGCAGCAGCAGAGUCAACCCGAGCAGCAGCAGCAGCAGCAGUAGCAACAGCAGCAGAGCCAGCCUGAACAGCAGCAGCAGCAGCAGCCUCAGCGGGGGCAGCAGCAGCAGCAGCGGCAGCAGCAGACCGACUGCAGCAGCACUGGCUUUAAACUCUUUGCUGCUGAACAUACACGAAAUAGCAGAGGCGCCCCCAGGCCGUUUGAGUGCAGCAGCAAAAGCAGCAGCAGCGCAGCAGCAACUUGAUUAUGUACGGAAGGGGAUUAAGCAGAGCAGCAGCUGCGCUGCAGCUGAAGUGCAGAUCAGACCUAUACAACAGCAGCAGCAGCAGCAGCAGCAGCAAGCUUGGCGCAUUCCUGUUGCUGCUGCUGCUUUGCUGCAGGACUUUUGGGCCGCAAUAUGCAGACGCGCCGUUUCACUGGAAAAAAAGCUGCGGCUCUCCGAUGCUGCUUUGCUGCUGUCUGCUGCUGCUGCUACGCAGCGGCAGCUGCAGCAGCUGCAGCAGCCGCAGCAGCAGCAACUCAAGCAGCAGCUGCUAGCGCAGCACAGCCGCUUGGUUCAGACGGCAACAACAGCGCUCUCACGGGGCCUCCUGCGGCAGCAGCAGCAAGCUGCUGCUGCCAAGCAGAAGCAGCAGCAGCAGCAGCAGCAGGCGCAGCAACGUCUGACUGUGCAGCAGGAGCAGCACGAGCAAGAGCAGCAGCAGCAGCAGCAGCAACAUGGGCUAACGGCCAGCCUCCUCACCUCCGCCUUGCAUGCGUUUGCUGCACUGAAGCUGCAGCAGGUGCUGCUGUUGCAGCAGCUUGUUGCUGCUGCAGUCUCUCUGCAGCUGCAGAACUUCAGCGGAUAUGACUUGGCGGCUUUCUGCUCAGCGCUGCUGGCAGCAGCGCAGCAGCAGCUGCUGCAGCAGACGCAGCAGCAGCAGCUGUUUGCCCCUGUCGCCGCGCAGCUGGAGGCCCUGAUACUGCAGCAGCUGCCAGCUUCCAAUGCUGCAGCAGAGCGGAGGAACGCUGCUUUGCUGCAGCAGCUGCAGCGGCAGCUGCAGCAGCAGCAGCAGCAAGCGCAGCAGCAGCAGCAGCAAGCGCAGCAGCAGCCGGCGGGCGUCGCUGCAGCGCAGCACGCCGCACAUCGCCUGCAGCAGCUGCUGCUACAGAAGCCGCAGCAACUAGCUGCUACCUGGCAACAGCAGCCGCAUCGCCAGCAGCUAAAUUUGUGCAUUUUGCUGCGGCUUUGCGUAGAGCUGCAGAUACACCGGAGGCAGCAGCUGCUGCUGCCGCUGCUGCUGCAUGCAGCAGUGCUGCAGCUGGAGGCAGCGCGGCUGCAGCUGUGUCUGGCGGGGCUUGAGCCCCUGCAGCAGGAGCAGCAACCUGCUGCAGAAGGUGCUGCUACUGCUGCCACUGCUGCUGCUCCAGCUGCUGCUGCUGCUACUGCUGCUGCUGAUCGACGUUUCGUCUUUUCACUAAAUCUCUCCAGCUGCCGCGACCUCGCCAGCCUUUGCUCGAGCCUGCAGCUGCUUGACCAGCAGCAGGUAGAAGCCACCAACUCCGGGCUGCUCCAGCAGCAGCAGCAGCAGCAACAGCUGCUGCAGCAAACGGUAGCUGCACCCUCGUUGAUUGUCUCGCUGCUGCUGCACCAAGUUGCCUGGCAGGGCCUUUGCGCGCCAGUCUGUCUUUCAGCUCUUUCUAAAGCUGUCCCAGCAGCAGCAGCAGCAGCAGCAACAACAACAACAACAGCAGCAGCAGCACCGGCAGCACCAGUAGCAGCACCAGCAACAGCCACAGAGGCCGCAACAUCACCGGCAGAAUCGGUCGUAGCGGCUGCCGCGGCUGCUGCAGCAAAACCAGCAGCACCUGUUAGUAAGCAGCAGCCCAUAGAACGUCUGCUGCUCCUUGCUGCUGAUCACGCGGCCCUGCUGCUUAUUCUUAGCAGCAGCAGCAGCAGCAGUAGUAGCAGCAGCAAGGGCAGUGACGGCAGUCACCAUGAAUUGGUUUCAGCUGCUCAUAUCGCCAGCUGCAGCAGCAAAGUACUUAGACACACCGACGGGGAGGGAACUGCAGCAGCAGCAGCCUCAGCAGCAGCAGCAGCAACAGCAGCCGAAGCAGCGCCAACAGCUGUGAGGCUGCUUCCUCUGGCUGCGCUGCUGCAGCUGCAGCUGCAGCAGCACAAGGCAACCUCAUCGGCGGACCAGAUCUCCAUGUGCUGCCGGUUCCUCUCGCAAACUGCAGCAGACGCUGCAGCAACAGCAGCAGCAGAAGCAGCAGCAGCAGCAGAAGCAGAUGCACCAGCAGCGACAGCAGCAACAGCAGCAGCAACGGCAGCAACAGCAACCGGAAAACCUGGGAAAGCAGCACCAGCAGAGGUAGCAAAAUCCGCCGCCACCCCCGCAGCAGCUGCAGCGCUUAUGCCUGGAAAUCGUGAUGCUGCUGCUGCUGCUGCUGCUGCUGCUUCCUUCCUCUGUUUGUCCGUACACUCCGUCACUUCUGCCUUGUGCGGCAAGCUGCAGCAGCUGCAGCUGUCUCACAUUCUUGCCUGCCUUCCAGCAGUUGCAAAGCUACACAAAGCGCUUUUGCUGCCGCAGCAACAGCAACAGCAGCAGCAGCAGCAGCAGCAGGAGAGUCCGCAGCAGCUGGCGGGCAUGCUUGAAGACCCUGAGCUGCGCAUGCACUGCCUGCAGCAGCUGCAGCAGACGGCACAGCAGCUGUGUACAAGGUUUUGCAAGCUUGUGCAGCAGCACCAGCUGCAGCAGGAGCAGGAGCAGCAGCAAUGGGGAGCAGCAGACUGGGCAUGCACACAAAAUGGGAGCAGCAGCACAGGGGGACCCCCAGCGCUUUCUUUGCUGCUGCGCCUUCAAAGCAGCCUUGUGGCUGCUGUUGCUGCGGUGGAGCAGACCAUACCCGCUUCUGCUGCUGCUGCUGCUGCUGUUGCUGCUGCCACCCGUUUGUUGCUGCAGCCUCAGGCGGAGCAGCAGGGCCCGUCUGCUGCUGCUCUCUCCCUGCAGCAAUGCAGUCUCCUGCUGCGGGCCCUUGCCAAACUUCGACUGCGAGACCAAGAAAUCCUUGAAGUUAUUUGCAAUCGGAUAGCGGAGCUUAUACAGCAGCAGCAGCAGCAGCAGCAGAAAGGGGCUCUGGUGCUGUCUGGGCAGCAGCUUGGACAGCUGCUGCUGAGUCUGGCGCAGCUGUCCUUCACUCCUGUGCACCUGCAGCAAUCCAGAGGUGUACAUACACUGCAACAAAAAGCAACAGCAGCUAGGCUGUUCGAUUUGCUGCUGGCGCUGCAGCAGCAGCCGCAGCAGCAGCAGCUGCUGCUGCACAGCAUGGGGCUCCAAAGCGCAGCAAACUGCCUGCAUGCACUUUCCUUGUGUGACUUCUCUUUCAAGCUUCCUCGAGGCCCCUCUGGGGGCCCCUCUGGGGGCCCCCCUGGGGGCCCCGCCUUGCAGGAUGCCACGGGGCAGGUGGAAGGCAAAACAGCUGUUGCUGCAUUUCUGGAUUUGCUGCUGAGUGUUGUUCGAAUGCACCUGCAGCCGCUGCUGCUGCAGCAGCAGCGGCAGCGGCAGCAGCAGCAGCUGCAGCAGCAGCAGCUUCAGCAGCAAGCGGCUGAGGAUGAAGGAGGUGGGUGGAUCGGACUGGCCGAGACUUUGAAGCAGCUGCCAGCAGCGCAGCAGCAGCUAACAGCAGCAGCAGCAGCAAUAGCAGCAGCACGCCACGCCCCUCUCUGUGCCUCUCUUCAGCCCCACAACAAGGCCUUUCUAAGGGCGCUGCAGCAGCAAGUCUGCUGCAUUCUGCCAGACACUCAACUAAGCAGCAGCAGCAGCAGCAGCAGCAGCAAAAGUCACUCGUGGAUGGCAGGAAGCCACAGCGAAACUCUUCCGGAGGCCGGAGUGUCUGUACACCUGGCGAGCUCAGCGCUGCACAGAAGCGUAUUUGCUGCUGCCUCAAGGGCCCUCUCUCCUGCACAACUUCGCGUCGAAACGCCACUCACCUUUGGUGGCUACUCCUUAGACCUGCUCGCGGAGCUGCCUGGAGGAACUCUUGUGGCGAUCGAGGCCGACGGCAGCUCUCACUUCUUAGCGGACUGCAGCACGCCGCAGCCCCAGACCCUGCGGCAGCAGCAGCAGCAGCAGCAGCAGCAGCAGCAGCGGGAACCUGAGCUGUGGGCCACAGACAGCUGCGGCUUUGUUUACAACAGCAGCAGCUUGCUGAAGCGCCGCCUUUUAAAGGAAAGACAAAUUGCGGUGGUUUCCGUUUCUGCAGCAGAAUGGAAAGCAGCAGUAAGGCAGCAGCAGCAGCAGCAGCAGCAGCAGUGA